CUGAUGGCGUGCGCUCGAGCCGCCGGCAGCACAGCCGCAAGUGUUGCGGUGUCGAGUGCGGCGCCGAGCGGCCAGCGGCCGGCGACAGGUGCGGCCGCGAGACCCCGUGCGGCCUGACGCUGCGGCUUGCUCAGCGAGGGCUUGGCGUGCGCGGCACUCCACACGCCGCCCGACCCUGACUCUCCUUUGGGCGUGGCGCGGCACGCUGGCGUCUUCAUCGAUGCAAGCACCGAGCUGCGCCCUUCCUUCUCUGCCAUCAACACCCACACGCCCAUCAUGACCGCCAAAGAGACCAUCCGCAUGCUCGUGCUCGAGACCGACGAGCCGCACCCCAAGACGGCCGCCAAGCGCGGCUCCUUCGGCGACAUCUUCCACUCGCUCUUCGCCCGCGCCGGCGACGCACACGCGCCGGCGCUCGGCAUCGAGACGGACAUGCACUUCGUCGUCGACGACGCCAGCCAGGGCCACACGGGCCGCGUGCCGCGCGCCGACGAGGUGCCGGCCGACGUGCGCGCCAUCCUCAUCACGGGGAGCAUGUACGACGCACACGGCGACGACGAGUGGAUCGGCGCGCUGCUGGCGCUGCUGCGCGAGCUGUGGCAGACGCGGCCCGACAUGCGCUUCGCCGGCGUCUGCUUCGGCCACCAGCUGCUGGCGCGCCUGCUGGGCGGCGCCGUCGAGCAGCACCCGGGCGAAAAGUGGGAGCUGAGCCACACGUCGAUGCAGCUCACGCGCGUCGGCAAGCAGCUCUUCCGCACCGACGACGACGAGCUGGCGCUGCACCAGAUGCACCAGGACCGCGUCACGCGCCUGCCGUCGCCGAGCAGCAGCGGCGGCCUGCUCCCCGCCGACGCCACCGUGCACGUCUGGGCCUCGUCGCCGCACACGAGCAUCCAGGGCAUCUACAUCCGCGACCGCGUCUUCUCCACGCAGGGGCACCUCGGCUUCGACGACACGAUGGUGCGCCGGCAGAUCGAGCUGCGCAAAAAGGCCGGCAGCAUCAACGAGAGCGACGCGCUCGAGGUGGCCGAGGCCGAGGAGAAGGCGCACCUCGAGCACGACGGCGUCGUCGUGGCCGGCGCCAUCCUGCGGUUCUUCCACGGCGACGCGCACGACAUUGAGUGAUGAAUAGAAUGCAAAAUGAACA